UGGUAGUAUCCUUGAGCCAGGCACUGGGACUCUACCAGUACUGUGUUUACCAGUGUCAACAAACCAUCUAAUUAAUAUCAAGAGUUACAUUUAUCAACGUCGGAUGUUUUUUUUCGACCUGGCAAACAUAUAGAAAAAAUGUGGUCUAAAAAGUUGUAAACAGAUCAGGCAUCUUGCGAGGCCACAUGGUGUUAAUAACUGGGGGCCUUGCAAACAUCACAUCAAGACAAGUGAAGAUGGCGGAUGUGCUGAGUGUUCUCCGUCAGUAUAACAUCCAGAAAAAAGAAAUCGUCGCUAAAGGAGAUGAAGUUAUAUUUGGAGAGUUCUCCUGGCCGAAAAAUGUGAAGACCAACUACAUAAUCUGGGGUACUGGUAAAGAGGGACAACCCAAAGAGUACUAUACUUUGGACUCUAUCUUGUUCUUGCUCAACAAUGUGCAUCUUCCACAUCCAUCGUAUGUGCGAAGAGCUGCAACUGAGAACAUCCCUGUAGUCAGACGACCUGAUCGAAAAGGCUUGCUGUCAUACCUCAAUGGCGAGAGUUCUACAUCGACAAGUAUUGACAGAAGUGCACCUAUAGAAAUAGGUUUGCAAAGGCCAACGCAAGUGAAAAGAGCAGCUGAUGAGGUAUCUUCUGAAGCCAAAAAACCCAGGAUUGAGGAUGAGGAACGAGUGCGUCUGGAUAAGGAGCGUCUGGCUGCCCGUCUGGAGGGUCACAAAGAGGGCAUCGUGCAGACUGACCAGAUCAGAUCCCUGUCUGAGGCCAUGUCAGUGGAGAAAAUCGCGGCCAUCAAAGCCAAGAUUAUGGCCAAGAAACGUUCUACCAUCAAAACGGAUCUGGAUGAUGACAUAACCCUGAAGCAGAGAAGCUUUGUGGACGCUGAGAUGGAUGUCACCAGAGAUAUUGUCAGCAGAGAGAGAGUUUGGAGGACCAGGACGACCAUUCUCCAGAGCUCUGGAAAGAACUUCUCCAAGAACAUCUUCGCCAUCCUUCAGUCAGUGAAAGCUAGAGAAGAAGGGCGAGCACCAGAGCAGAGACCAGCACAGAACACUACUCAAGUGGACCCGUCCCUAAGGAACAAGCAGCCUGUCCCAGCUGCCUACAACAGAUACGAUCAGGAGCGAUUCAAAGGAAAAGAGGAAACGGAGGGUUUCAAGAUCGACACCAUGGGCACCUACCACGGCAUGACCCUGAAGUCAGUGACGGAAGGAGCAUCUGCUCGGAAGGCCCAGACUCCUGCGCUGCAGCCUGUCCCUCGUCCAGUUUCACAAGCCAGACCUCCACCCAAUCAGAAGAAAGGGUCCCGGACACCCAUCGUCAUCAUCCCCGCUGCCACCACCUCACUCAUCACGAUGCUCAAUGCGAAGGAACUCCUUCAGGACCUGAAGUUCGUCACGCCAGAAGAGAAGAAGAAGCAGGGCAACCAGCGCGAUAAUGAAGUUUUGCUUCAGAGGCGCAAAGACCAGGUCCAGCCUGGAGGCACAACGCUGAGUGUCACUGUGCCUUACCGGAUCAUUGAUCAGCCACUGAAACUGGCUCCACAGGACUGGGAUCGAGUGGUGGCUGUAUUUGUGCAGGGUCCUGCCUGGCAGUUCAAAGGCUGGCCGUGGCUGCUGCCAGAUGGAUCUCCUGUCGACAUUUUUGCCAAAAUCCGAGCCUUUCAUUUGAAGUAUGAUGAGGCGAAGAUAGACCCCAACGUGCAGAAGUGGGAUGUGACCGUCCUGGAGCUGAGCCGUCACAGGCGCCAUCUGGACCGACCCGUCUUCCUGCGCUUUUGGGAAACCCUGGACAGAUACAUGGUGAAACACAAAUCUCACCUCAGGUUCUGAGCCCAGAUCAGAGCGUCAAAUCUCUCCGAAAAUCCUACAAACGAAUCCUUCGA